AUGUCCGCCGAGAUGGCAAACGAGAUCAAAUUGAUCAGCGGCCGCAGCCACCCCCAGCUGAGCGAGAAGAUCGCCAAGCGACUCGGCAUCGAAGUCGCCCGAACCAUCUCCCUCAACUACUCGAACCAGGAGACCUCCUUUACCGUCGGCGAGUCGGUCCGCGACGAGGAUGUCUUCAUUGUGCAAUCCACCGCCACGGGUGACGUCAACGAAGGGCUAAUGGAGCUGUUGAUUAUGAUCUCGGCUUGUCGGACUGCUAGCCCCAACUUCCCCUACGCCCGACAGGACAAGAAGGACAAGUCGAGAGCUCCCAUCAGCGCAAGGCUGGUUGCAAAUAUGCUGACCACGGCCGGUGCCAACCGUAUGCCUUCUGCCUCAGCCCCCGACUUCUAUUCGAAUGUUAACCGACAGCCCAGAUAUCGUAACUGUGGACCUCCACGCUUCUCAGGCUUCUUCAGCGUUCCAGUGGACAACUUGUACGCCGAACCUUCUUUCCUCCGCUAUAUCAGGGAAAAUUUCAACCCGGAAGACUGCGUCAUUGUGUCCCCUGAUGCCGGUGGUGCGAAGCGUGCGACCUCCAUUGCUGAUCACCUUAACACUGCGUUCGCACUGAUCCACAAAGAGCGCCCCCGGCCUAACGUUGUCGGCCGCAUGGUCCUUGUCGGCAACGUCGAAGACAAGGUUGCUAUCCUGGUUGACGAUAUGGCGGAUACCUGUGGCACCCUCGUCAAGGCGGCAGCAGUGCUCAAAGAGAAUGGUGCCAAGUCUGUGCUCGCCCUCGUCACCCAUGGCAUUUUGUCUGGCAGCGCCAUCGAAACCCUAAAUGGCAGUGUUCUCUCGGCUCUCGUCGUCACAAACACCGUGCCGCUUGGAGACAAAGUCGAUCGGUGCCCGAAGCUGCGUGUUAUUGACAUCAGCCCCACCAUCGCAGAGGCCAUCCGCCGCACCCACAAUGGUAUCUACUAA